AUGACAGAGGCACCGGCGUGGAACUCCAAGAAAGAUGAGAGCAUCUACAAGGCUGCAGGUGCCAUGCACCUACGAAAGUAUGGGGAGUUCUUUGAAAACCUGAUGGAAAAAUCCUGGAGUGGCGAUUCUAUGCUGGAGUAUAUUAUAGAAGGUCCUUUGCGUCUGGUUUACAAGGCGAACGAGAACAUUAGCAUCCUCUCCCUAGUGGAGAUGGAAAACAAGGCACUGUCCAAGCUGCUGGCAGCUGUGGCAGGAACGUGCAGAGAAAUCAAGCUGCUGAAGGUGGAAGCUGCUGGUUUCUAUGCAAAACUCUUUACACAUGGAGAGAGAUGCGUGGAUGAUGAUCUCAUUAGUGUGACUAAAUUGCUGUCCGAUCUGCAGGAUCUGUCCAUAUUUGCCAAUCGGAUGUCAACUGUGGUGCACUUGACUACGCAACAGUUAGCAAGUCUGUCUGGCGCCGUUCACGAGAUCUAUUUACCCACCCUGAUAGAAGGCUUCAUAGAUCUAUUUGUGAUCUUUAUGACUCUCGAUGAGAUUAUCGAUGCUCAACCAACAAUAGUGGAUCAGUGGAAGAAAUACAGAAUGCAUGUGCGUUCCAUGAUGCACAGUCCGUCGCAGUUCGGCGUCGCCGAGGCGAAGCUAGAGACAUUUGAUCAGCUGCUCAAGAAUUUGCAGGAGAAGUUGUUACGAAAGAAUAUGUUUCUAAAGGCAAUCGAUCAUGUGAUGAAUGUGAAUAAAGGUAUGGUUAUGAGCGAACAAAUUGUCAGCUAUUUGAAAAACACGAUUACAGAUGUAGAGACUAAACCCAAUGACCAAGCUGCGUUAAACAAAAACUGGAUAAGAGCCAACAUAGGCAUUGCAGUGGUGAUAAAGCUAUUCGGCGCUUGUGACAAGAGAUUGAUCAAGAGAGUGCUGGAGGCAAACAAAAGAUUCUAUGCAGUCACAUUGAUAGGAAACGUGAUUUGGGUGCCUAGCAGAUUCCUCAGCAACAUUGUGCCGAAAGAAACUGGCACUGCCGCGAGCCUGCAAAUAGGCGAAAAGAUUCUACAGAUGAGAACGCAAAGAUUGCCGACUGGAGUGAACAAUUUGAUACACCGAGCAAUGACCUGGUGCGUAGAGAUGCAGAGUAUCCUGACAAGGACAAAUCUUCAGGUGUCGGAUAUCGGGCAGAAACGUACGCUGCUGACGGAUUUGCUAGCUCUCUUGUCCCAAAUGCGAGAGACAGUCGCGUUUAUAACGAAUCUUCACGCUUUGCUGUCGAAACCCAUGAGUCGCAACACGGUGCAACUGAUCUGCAGAAUCGUGGAAUUGCAAAGGUCCUUGCAGACAACAUUCUAUGCGCUCGGGCCGAUCGUGGUGCAAUCGCAGGCGCAAGUGCUGCAAUAUUUAGCUUAUUACAUACUAGCAAUGCUGGAGACGGCGCGUAAGGGUCUCGUUCAGAAGGAUAAAGGCUAUAGUAGAGAACGACUGGACGCGCUAUCACUAAUAGGGCUCGGUAUGCGGCUGAUAAGCGGUCCGGCAAGCGCGGACCGGCGGCUGUUGGUGCGCUGCACGUUGGCAUGUGCCAGCCAGCUGACCGACACCUUCCGCGAGGAGGAUGUGGUGAAGUUGCGAUUCUUGCUGGACAGUUACGAUGCCGUAGCCGAGCUGCACGAGCUAGUCGAUGAUCUUGGCGACUACUCAUUAUUGUUGCAUCAUCAAAAUAUGUUACCCGCUUACCUCUCCUCUGUCGUCGACAACAACAACGGGGUCUGCCAUAUCGCUCACCUGUUCGCCGCCUUCAAUAGCGCCGUGGGCGAGCAGGAAUCGAUUGAGUUGAGGGAAAAACAUAUCGCGGAGCUCAGGGAGAGCCUGGUGAAAAACGUGCUGAAGCCAGCCUGCCAUGAAAUUGAGACCAGUCUACGACUGCAUGUGCACGCCCAUCUUAAAUUAGACUCCGCAAAUCCCUUCAACAUCGGCGCCAAGGACAGCGGCAGAGUGGUGCGCGUCCCGCCGCUGCCUUUGGCCGAAAACAUGAUCUGCGCCAAAAGGUUCGUCGAGCAUUAUCUGGAUGAUAUGUUCUACAAUCUGACAACAGUGGCUCUGCAUGAUUGGAGAACCUACCGGAUGAUGCACACGUUAGCCAGCUAUAAGAUGGGUCUGGACACGGUACAAGAUCAUCUGCCGACGCAGACCCUCGAGCAGGGCCUGGACGCUCUGGAGAUCAUGCGUAACAUACACGUGUUUGUUUCCAGGUAUCUGUACAACUUGAACACGCAGACGUUCGUAGAGCACAGCAGUGGUAACAAGCAUCUCAACACUAUUGGCAUCCGACACAUCGCCAAUUCGAUUCGCACCCACGGUACUGGUAUCAUGAGUACCACAGUGAACUUUGUCUAUCAAUUCCUACGCGUUAAGCUGCAUACAUUCUCACAGUUCCUCUUCGACGAGCACAUCAAGUCGCGGCUAAUGCGUGACAUCAGGUUUGUCCGAGCGCAACGGGAAGCGGGCGCCGUUCCAUAUACAUAUGAGAGAGCGGAGAAAUUCCAGAAGGGCAUCCGGAAACUGGGCAUGACCGCGGACGGAUUAAGCUAUCUAGACCAGUUUCGCCAGUUGAUCACACAGAUCGGCAACGCGCUCGGCUACGUGCGGCUAAUCCGUUCCGGCGGUCUCCAUGCUAGCUCCAAUGCGGUAUCCUUUCUACCGGACAUUGAGAAGACAGUGCCAUUCGAAGCACUCUGUCGCGGACUGAAUUACAGCGUCGAAACGCAGGCGGCGGCCAAACGGUUGGAAGACGACAUUGCCGAUCUCGUACGCAACUUCACCGAGGGUAUCCAGUACUUCAAGCUACUGGUGGACGUGUUCACGUCAGCGUUUCGCGAUGCCAAGUCUUAUCAUCUGCAGCAGUUCUACGCUAUCGUACCGCCAUUGACGCUUAGUUUCGUAGAUAAUUCCGUGUCGAAUAAAGAAAAGAUGUUUAAAAAGAACCAAACUGGCGCGGCCUUUACCGACGAUGGCUUUGCCAUGGGUAUCGCCUACAUCAACGCACUGCUCGAUCAGAAUGCAGAGUUGGACAGUCUGUAUUGGUUCAAGACAGUGGAACAGCACAUCGCCCAGGAAAAGCUUGCCGCCGAGGGCAAGGACGAUCACGGCGACGAAAAACUCCAGCAAACCAGAGCACUUACUCUCCAACGUCUCGCUGAGAGAAAUGCCGAAUUCCAGUUAUUGUACUAUAGUCUUUCUGGUGCUAGAGUGUUUUUCAAACAGCCUGAUACGUAAUAUGAGACAAUUGAUAUUAUUUUGAUACAUCAAUAUUGCAUUCUAUGUUCUUGGACCCGAGUUGAUUUCUUGAUCGUUAAGGGAGAAAUAAUAGGCAUAAAUCAUAAACAAUUAUAAAGAGAUAAAUAUGCAUCUAAAACUAUUUCUUAAUUUUAUUCCUAAUUUUAAGUUUGAACAGAAUUUGAAGUAAAUAUAAUGCAGUCUAGCGUCUCUUCCAAUUUUAUAUAUAUAUAAAAUCAUAGAGCACAUGUUAUUGUAAAUGACUUAGAUUCUUUACAACCAUUUUUAUAAAUAUUUUCUACAUUUACAAUAUCUUUACGA